AUGGCUCCUCAAUAUUACGAGAACGAGCUUCAGCUCAUCAAAUUGGAGAACGAGUUACUGCACCAAGUUCGAGCUGAAUUGUGUGAGGCUGUAAAGUGCGCCACGGGUAUUCUCAAGGCUGAAGACCCAGAGCCGCAUCCUGAUGAUAGCAAUGCAUUUGGCACCAUCUACAACGGGUCUCUUGGAAUUGCUCUCACGUUUCUCCGGCUAGAGGAGCAGGUUAGCUAUAUAGCAAAUGAAGACGAAAUCCCGUCUCUGGCAUCUGAAUUGGUCCAAUUGGCUAGUUCGAGGAUUAACCCUAAUGUAUCAGGGGUCAGUCAGUUGAGGACAAGGAGUCUUUCACCUUUGGCCUCAGGAACUCUUGGUGCUUCUCUCGUCCGUAUCAUAGCGGCGAUUACUCGACCUACACCGCGAGCGAUAGAUUCGAGUGACCUGAAUAUUCUUCAAAACGCUGCUGAGCUAUCUCUCAAACAGGGGACAAUGUUAGGCGGCGAUGAAGCAUUAUACGGACGUGUUGGCCUAUUGUGGGCUCUUUUGUACAUUCGCCAACACUGCCUCGAUGAGGAAAAUAUGGAUGUUUUGAUUCUACUGUUCACGAUGAUCCUAAGAAUUGUGAAUAGUGUCCUACUACUUAUGUGGCCAUGGCAUGGUAAAUACUACAUCGGAGCAAUUCAUGGGACAGCUGGUAUUUUGGCCAUUCUUCUUUCCUGCAAUCUUGAGGAGCUUGACGAUGGAGCCACCCACCAUCUACCCAUCAUCGCACAAACUAUAAAUAGCCUAUGCAGGCUUACCAUCGAGAAUGGCGGCCACCUUCCCUCAUCACUUCCAAUUCACUCAUCCUCCCGUCAUUCCCCUUAUGUACAAAUUUGCCACGGUUCCCCAGGCCUACUUAUCCUGCUUGCCCAAGCAAGAAGCAUCCCCGACCUAACACGGUCAUUCUGGGAGCCAGAUUGGGAUGAAGCCAUCCGGCUUGGCAGUGAGCAAGUUUGGGAACAAGGACUGCUAUUCAAAGGCGGCGGAUUGUGUCAUGGCAUCUCCGGAAACGCGUGGCCCUUCCUAAUGCUACACGAUAGCUUUGAGUAUGGACAGGAAAACAUAGCUCAGGCGAAACUCUCAUUCAGAGACAGGACUGGCAUUAUCCCUUCAGAAGAAGAGGACCUCACGCCAGAUUAUUUUCUGUCGAGAGCCUUGUCGUUGCUGCUCUAUGCGCAGAAGACUCCACCUUUCCACCGUCGAAUAUCUCCUGGCGAGCUCCGGUUUCGCAUGCCAGAUACUCCCUACAGCCUUUUCGAGGGGCUGGCAGGGACCUGCGCUGCGUGGGCUGAAGCCUGUGUGGUCAUUGAGGCUCGGUUGAGGAAAAAUAAAUUGGAUGAAGAGGGCAGUGGGGCCGUUUCUGAAAAGAGGGAUGAGUUACUUUCUAAGCACCUGAAUCAUGAAUUGGGAUUUCCUGGGAUUACAUUGGGAGGAAUCCGUUGA